AUGUUUUCGACGCUUCGUCACGCCAUGUUUCUCCGUCGAUUUCCGACCGUGUUUUCUCCCACAAAAAGGGCUUUCGGCAGUAAAAUUUCCGAUGGAAUAGAUGCCCAAAUCGUGAAUGAGCUGAAUCAGGAAAUGCAAUCAAUCUUUGGAGCACAACCUUCUCCCGAUGGAUUUUCCGGUCCUGGGACAAUGGAUUUCUCUGAAUUGAAAUCCAAAGUUGAAUCUCUGAAGCCUACAGUCCCGGAGAAUUCCGAUCUUAGAUCCCAUAUCGAGUAUCAGAAAUCUACAGAAUAUAAACAAGGUGCAGAAAUGGCUAGUGAUAUGUCGAGGCUAACUCAUGUAGGGGUCUCAGGGGAAGCUCAAAUGGUGGAUGUUUCUUCCAAAGACAAUACUAAGAGAACCGCAUUGGCUUGCUGCAAAGUGAUUCUAGGGCAAAGAGUUUUCGAUUUGGUCUUAGCGAAUCAGAUGGGGAAAGGAGAUGUUCUUGGAGUAGCCAAAAUCGCUGGCAUUAACGGAGCAAAACAGACCAGCAGCUUAAUCCCACUGUGUCAUAACAUUGCUCUCACGCAUGUUCGUGUGGACUUGAGGUUAAACCCUGAGGAUUGUAGUGUUGAGAUUGAAGGGGAAGCUUCUUGCACUGGAAAAACAGGUGUUGAGAUGGAAGCUUUGACUGCUGUUUCAGUUGCUGGCUUAACUGUUUACGAUAUGUGCAAGGCUGCUUCCAAAGAUAUCUGUAUCACAGACGUGAGACUUGAGCGUAAAUCUGGUGGAAAUAGCGGGUACUGGUCAAGAGGAGAGUGA